AUCUCCUAUGAAGAACUCGUCAGCAGCCUGCUUAACCUGCGUCUUCUGAUGCAGCUGAUCGGUGAACUGUCCUUAACUGACGUGUCCGUCAUUCCCGAGUCUGUCCAUCGCUUGGUUGCCGUCUAUCCAGACGUUGUGUUGAACAACUCGGAGGGUCAGGACAACGGUCUGGAAGUGCCGAUUGCUGACUGCCAUUUACAAUCCGGUCUCGUACAGUGCGCUUCGCUGGAAACUCGUCUCCGCCUCAUGAAUUGUCUCUGCGCCACUUACUCGGCCUGUUUUGACUUUGAUCAGUGCUCUGAGUUGAAGAUCGUCUUUCAGCGCUUGUUAAACCUACCGUCCGCUGCCAACCUCUAUCAGCAGACGAAUCUCGCAUGCGCUCUACUUCAGUUAAUUCUCCUGCAGUUCAUCGAGAGCGGAGUCUCCAGUGAAACCUGUACCAAUUUGAUGAGCUCAGUCCGGGCUGCCUACACCGCCUUUGAUGCCAAUGUCAACAAGUUGCGUGCCAGUCAUUUUCGAUGCCCGCCAUUCGUUGCCAGCGCCGGAACUUCUGCCUCCCCCGUGGUCUGGCUGAGGCAGUUUAUGUGUGUCCUGCCCAUCGUCGACGGCGAGCGCGCCCUCUGCAGCCUCCUCGCCGGCCUCGUAACAUAUGCAGCCCAGUUCUACCUCUUUCUCCUCCAUUCCGAGCCCAGAAACGGUGGUUCGGUGAGUCAAGUUUGCGCUGAUGCAGCUCAUAAACAUUGGAAGAAAACUUUUGCUAAGCUCGCAGUUGGGAUGUAG